UGUAGUUUUUCCUUCCGGGUCUACCGGGGUGCGGAGAUCCCAGGCUACCUCCGCGUUGUUGACCCGCACGCGCUACGUCCUCCCGGUCUUAGUUACGGCUCCGUGCGGCCGGUCUCCACGGAUGACAGGCUGAGCUUCCUUCGGCCAGUUUCCCAAGGCUUCAAGAGGGGACUGGGCAGAAAGGGGGGACCUGGAACCCUGGCGGCUUCCGUUUCAGUCUUUUGAGAGCUAGCCCCCCCAUUCCAGUCCUCCCCACACGCUCGGCCUACCUGCUUUCAGAAACCCGCUCCCAGGAUAAGACAGCCACUGGGCCCGGGGGGCCGCUCCCCAGACCACGUUCUUCCCUCCCUCCCUCUGCGCCUUCCCCUUCUCUUCCGUGAACCCGGCUUCCCUGGUCUCCCCACCAGCCGCCUCGAGUUCAAUUCCGAGACGCGGAAUUGGAGGAGGGAGUUGGGCCCGCGAUGACACUUAACAAAGUCCUUGGGGACCUUGAUUCCCAGGGAAGAAUGGCAAUGACCCAGCACGGAUUGGGGACCCACUCAGGCAGCCCAGAAAGAGGGAGAUUAUACAAACAGAUGUAAAGAACCACUUAACAACAUAUGGGAACCUGUUUACAAGGCUGGGACAGGAUGUGAGGUGCGAAGAAACCAGUUUCAACCGAGUGGUGUUAUCAGAAAAAGAUGCCAUCUCAAUAUUGGUUUGUGUUUAUUUUCCACUGACCCUGUGGGUGAAGAUAUCCUUGAUCAUUAUCCCAUCUGAACAUGUUCCUGCUCAACCAGUGUUACAUCACCAGGUUAAAAGAUAUGGAGAUAUCCAUCAGGAUUUGGAGAAGAGUCCCAGUAGUUAUUAAAAUUCUGGAUUAGAUCUACUAGGAAAGGUAAAGAAACCAAGAGUCUCCUAAGAAGAAGGAAUUAUAACAGUUUACCAAACGUUUUUCAAAUAUAGAUGUCAAUUAGGUGCUACACCUUGCCGAAGAACUAAAACAAGAGAAAAGUAGUUUAUGAUCCAACCUAAAGGCAUUUAGGUGAGGGCAGGAAGACAUAUGCUGAUAAUUAAACUCUGAGAAGGUUUAUUCAGGCAGCUCUUAGGAGAGUUUUUGGUUGGUUGUUUGUUUUUAGCUAGAUUUAAAUAUGUCCAUUUAAAGAAAAAGCAAAAACUAACCUUUGAUCACCAAGAAGGGCCUGACACUGUUUCAGUCACUUCUACAUAUAUUGAAUCACUUAAUCCUCAUAAUAACCCCAUGAGACAGGUAUUACUAUCCCCUGUCUAUAGAAAUGAAAAUCGAAGUCCAAAGGCUAAGCAGUUUACCCUAAAUUUUAAAGCUGGUGGUAAAUGGCAAAGCCAAGGUUUGAAUCCAGUUCUGUGUUGUCAUUCUUUCCACCACACCAGCCAGCUUCCCUUAACUGAAAACUGGGUGAUGGGCCAAAGGACCAAUGAGACACCACCUUCCUGAGCUUAUUCAAAGCAGGAACAGGAUCAUACUCAACUGCUUUUGCCACAGAUACCACAAUAUUUAGCCCUUAGCAAGAGUUUAAUAUGUCUGUUUGAUCUGAGUUGAUAUGAACUUGAUCCUCUCUGAAGAGAAUAUUUAAGCAAAGACACCAACGAGGAGGAGUCAGUUGUGAGCACACUGAGGAAGAACAUUACAAGCACGGGGAACAGCAAGUACAAAGACCCUGAGGUAGGAAGUUGCUUGGUUGUAUCUGAGGAACAACCAGGAAGCUCAAAAUGAUUGGCGCGAAGAGGGAGAGAAGGAAACAGGAAGAAGUUGAUUUUGCAGAGGAAGCCAGGGGUCAGGUCCUUCAGUGCCACUGCCACUCACUUUAAAAGAGAUAAAGCCCCAAUAACCCCUGAUCAACAGAUUAUGUUGCUUCACAGGAGAAAGGAAGCAAGACUGAGCUGUUAGAAAUAAUAUGUGCCAGGUAAAGGGAUAUCGUGUUGAAGCAAUGAUUCCAGAAUCGACAUCUAAACUAUCUGAUUUCCUCUUCAAACCUGAAAACAGAGUCACAUGGGACAAAUCAUUGAAAAUGCACAACAUGGUACUAAAGAUUGAUUUGGAUACAUUCCUGUGUCAUACCAUUACAGAAAGUUUUGCCAUGGGCUCAAUUUCCCCCCGAGACUUUAUCAACUUAGUCUCUUUGAAGCACUACGAAGGGAAUAUGGAUGUUAUCAGCUCUACUAGUGUGGAUUUUCCAGCAUAUCCUCCAUCCUCAAGUUACAUCCGAGGUUAUAACCAUGCUUGUGGCUAUAUAUGUUUACCUGUGCAAAAGAAUCCAGCAUAUUCCAAACUAGUGAUGUUUGUUCAGACAGAAAUGAGAGGAAAAUUGGCCCCAUCAAUAAUUGAAGCAACUAUGCCUUCCAGUUUAGUAAGCUUCAUGAUCAAUGUAAAAGAUGGAAUAAAGACACAAAAAAUUCCAUCAAGACGUGGAUAUCAUCAUAAUGGGCAUUCAUCAUUCCUAAAGAAGAAAUGAGGCCAUUUAAAAUCAUGUGAGGCAGUUACAGCCUUUUGCUUCUAAGUCAAUAUGCAUAAAUACUGUGACACUCUUCUGAACAGAAUUCUUGAACAAAUUACUGAAGGUACUUCGUGAAAAUAAGACCACACAGUUGUACAAGACAAUAGCAUUAAAUACAGUGUUUAAUCUCAUAUAAGAAUAAUGUUAAACAACAAGGGUUCUUAAUGCACUUUUAUCUUUUGCUUUUUCCCCUGGAAAAUUCUCUGCAAAAAGCAUCAAAAAGGAAGCAUAUACAAUCAGAAGUCAGCACUAAUUAAAGAUUAAAAUA